CUCCAGUCUGACACUUUGGAGAAUGAAGUUUCUCGAACCGUGCUAAAAGGGAAAAGGUCCACAGCUUUUGAAGAUUCUUCUGAACAGUUUUCAACUAUUAAAUAUUUAACUGAAAUGUAAAAUCAACUAAGUAAGUAGUUGACCUUAGUGCGUGCCGAUCUUAAAAAGCCUACUCAGCGUAAGAUAGUAAAUAGACAAUGGCGACAUUUUACGCAAACCCUGAAGAGGAGAACGAACUUUGGAUUGAAAGAGCUGCUAUAAAGGGGCUAGGAUUCCGAAUUUGGCAUUACAUCUUCUUUGCUUUUGCUGCUGUAACUGUGUUAAUAGUACUGAUUUGCUGUUGUGUUAAAAUAAGGGUACCACGAACCAAACAAGAAAUUGAGGGAGACUACAAGAGGAAAAAAUUGGCUGAAAAAUUCCGACAAAGGCUGAAAAUGAUUCGGAAUCAAGAUAUGGGCACUAUCGAUUUAGAAAGAGCACUUGAAAUCAUUCUUGACGAUUGCAAAAACGACAAUGGCGAUAUUCAGCACCCGUCUACACAAGUUGCAGAUGAAAGCUCAUGUGCAAAAGCUCAACCACAGCAGCCUUUGAAGAAAGUAGUAAACGCUGUUAAGGCUUCAAUGAACGUGAAAGCCACCAACGCGUGAAAAUAGUUCGCUGCGAGCAAGCCUGAUAACCUGAUACUCAUAUGUACUUUGUUUUUUUUUACCUUUAUAUUACACGUUUGCACUUGCGAAUAAAAUUUUA